AUGGGAAUUCCUCUUUAUUUGGAUGAGCCAACUUUCAAGAGAAGCAGACUUACGUUUGCGAGAAUAUGUAUUGAAGUGCCAGCAAAUAAAGAGAUCCCUAAGUCUUUCAAAAUAAAUCUUGGUUAUGGUGACCCAUAUGAGAUUCAAGUUGAGGUACCAUGGAAGCCCCAAAGGUGUGAUGGUUGUAAGACUUUUGGCCAUACCACUAAUUUGUGCCCUCAAAAGCCAAAGUCUUUGAACCCUCCCUCUUUCAAACAUGAGUGGAGAGUCAAGGACACUAAAACACAAAUUCCGACUAAAUGGGAAGUGGUGAAGAAAAAGGGGAGAGAUGGUGGGCAAGGUUCAACGCCAUUGAUCAACAAAGAGAGAGAGACGCAGUCUUCUCUCCCCUCAACAUCUAAUGCCUUUGAUGUCCUUGAAUCGUGUGAUAUGGACGAGUUAGGAAAUGGAGAUUCAAGUCAAGAGUUGAGAAAUAGAAGGAGUCCAUCUCCAAGUGAUCCUAGUUAUGGGGAGACUUCAAAAGAGGAUAACAGAAGAAAACUUAAAGCGAAACUUCAUGACUUGAAGAAUGCUAGAAGGAAAUUCUGA